GGGCAUAUCGAUAUAGAGGAAAGAUUCCAGCAGCUCAACAGACGUUUUCAUCAGUUAUACAAUCAUGAUGAACUGGGCCAUCAGCACCGUCGCUGUCGGGAUUGUCACGCUGCUUGUCAUUCAGAGGAGGUUUUACCCCUACUUUUGGUACGACUUGAUGUAUUACGCGAAACUUCGUCGGGUCGGUCGUGCGAUGAUGGCGCGGAUGAAGAGCGGCGUGAUCACUUAUCUGCAGUGCUUUGAGCUUCAGGCCAGAAGAAUCCCGCACAAACCGUUCCUUGUGUGUGAAGAGCAAGUCCUGGCGUACAGAGACGUGGAUGUGCGGGCUAACAGAUUCGCAAACGUGUUUAAAUCUCACUGUGGACUGAAACAUGGAGAUGUGGUGGCUCUGUUGAUGAGCAAUGAAGCGGAUUUCAUCUGUGUUUGGUUCGGACUCUGUAAACUGGGUUGUGAAGUCGCGUUUCUCAACUUUAACAUCAAAUCUCAGUCACUGCUGCACUGUCUGCAGACCUGUGGUGCCACAGCGCUCGUUAUUGCUUCAGACUUGGUUUCACAUGUGGAUGACGUUGUACAGACGCUGACAGAUAGCGGGGUAGAUGUUUGGGUGACGGCAGAGAACUCUUCACUGCAGAACAUCAGGACGCUGUUGGAUAAGCUGGAAUCGGCUUCUGCAGAGAAGCCUGUGAUUGAUGCUCCUCAGCCAAACCUCAUGUCCAACUUCCUGUUCAUCUUCACAUCUGGCACUACAGGACUGCCCAAAGCAGCUCGCAUCAGUCACAUUAAAGCAGUGAUGUGUAUGGCGUUUCUGCGUAUGUGCGGAGCACACGCUGAUGAUCGAGUGUAUCUGACACUGCCGCUCUAUCACAUGUCUGCAUCCCUCCUCGGCAUUGGUGGUUGUAUUGAACUCGGGGCAACAUGUGUUUUGAAGAGGAAGUUCUCUGCCAGUCAGUUUUGGAAGGACUGUGUAAAGUUUGAUAUCACUGUGUUUCAGUAUAUCGGAGAACUCUGUCGAUAUUUGAUCCAUCAACCUAAGACUGAAGAGGAAAAGGCUCAUCACGUUCGGCUCGCGGCAGGAAGUGGGCUUAGAGCCGAUGUUUGGAGAGAGUUUGUUAGACGUUUCGGGAAAAUCCAAAUACGUGAAGCUUAUGGUUUAACGGAGGCCAGUAUUGGCUUCGUCAAUUACACGGAAGAAAUCGGACCCAUCGGGCGAGCAAGUUAUCUCAAUAAGCUCAGUUUACCUUUUGAGUUUUUAAAAUGUGAUCCACAAUCAUAUGAACCUAUACGGACUGAGACAGGAUUCUGCAUUAAAGUGAAUAAAGGUGAAACAGGGUUACUGGUGGCUCCAGUGAUGUUCAGCAACCCUUUCCUGGGUUACGCUGGAGAUAAAGUCAUGUCAGAGAUGAAGCUCCUGAGGAACGUCUUUAAGACUGGAGAUGUUUACUUCAACACUGGAGAUCUGAUGCUGCAGGACCACAGAGACUUUGUCUAUUUCAAAGACAGAAUUGGAGACACGUUCAGAUGGAAAGGAGAGAAUGUGUCCACUACAGAGGUGUGCGAAGUGUUGGGCUGUCUGGACUUCCUGCAGGAUGUCAGUGUUUAUGGGGUCACUGUACCAGGUUAUGAGGGUCGGGCUGGAAUGGUGGCUGUGGUGAUGAAGGACGGUCAUGAGUUGGAAGGGGAGCGACUCUACAGUCAUCUGCUUCAAACUCUUCCUCCGUAUGCCUGGCCCUGGUUUCUAAGAGUUCAGACGUCUUUACACAUGACGGACACGUUCAAACAGCAGAAGAUCAGACUGGUGCAGGAGGGCUUCAGUCCACAUGCUGUUCAGCAGCCACUCUACUUCCUGAACACAUCACAGAAGAACUAUACCCCCCUCACUGUACCACUAUAUAAGGACAUCAUCUCAGGCAAGAUCAGACUUUAGAUGCAUUGUAGGAAAUGCAGUGACACAAGUUUAAAUGCAUCCACAUCACAAGACGACACGUCCACUUUUUGCAGUUACUGGAAAACAGCUUUUAUUUGUGCAUAUUACAUAACCAUGUAAAUCUGGAUCUGAAAACAAACCAGCAGACAAAUUAACUCUUUUUAUGUGGCCUUAUAAGUGCUGGUGAAAUGUUUGAGUGUUUGAGGUGUCUGUCACGUACUGAGCCAAAAUAAACUGGAAAGACUGGUUCACUCAAUCAUGAACUUGCAUUCAUAGGAUGGGAAACAAGAUGCAGUGAAAGUGAGUGGUGACUGAGACUAACAUUCUGCCUAACACCUCUAUUUGUGUUCCUCUGAAGAAAGAAAGUCACAACAUGAGGAUGAGUAAAUUAUUAGAGAAUUCAUUUUUGGGUGAACUUUUCUUUGAAAGUGAGGCUGUUGUAGUAGGAGACAAAUAGAAACAUUGUAAGAUCUUACAAAAAAUGAAUAGCAACGAAUUCAAGGAAUAGCUUGCAAACUUCAAAUGCAAAUAUAACUUUCGUUCCUUUUUUGUUAUUAACUGUUGCAGUAUGACAUCACAAAAAAUACUUCCGUUUGUUUCAAUUGAAUAUAACAGCAACAUUUCAUACUGAUGUCAUCUGUCAUAACUGAACUGUUAACUGUAAACCUACGUAAUGUCCUCCAGAAUGAAUGCAGUAUCUGUGAGUAUUUACAGUUCGGCACAUGUCUGGAGUAUACGUUUAUAAAUCUACUACUGGAGGAUUUGGACUCACCUCAGAGUCUAUGAAUGGAGGAAUUCAGUGUUCAACCUUUUAUUUCAAAGGGUUUAAAAGAUGCUUUUAAAAUUUAAAGAGUGACAAACAUAAUUCUUAAGAAAGGCACAUUGUGACAGUUCAUUUAUGUGUUAGUAUAUACAGUUAUUGAGUAAAUAUAUAUGCUCUUGCAAUCAGACAAUACUAGACCUUUUCUGUGCUGUGGAGCAGUAUAGGAUAAUUAUUAUUUUUGUUUUUAUAUAUAUAUAUAUAUAUAUAUAUAUAUAUAUAUAUAUAUAUAUAUAUAUAUAUAUAUAUAUAUAUAUAUAUAUAUAUUAGUUUUUAGAUCUAAUACCAACAUUUUUUAUAUGUGUUUCAUGUACUGUAGUGCUGGACACUAGAAAUAUUCAUGCUUUGACAAUGACAAUGUGUGAUUGUAAUUCCUUUAACGUUAGUAUCUCACAAUUACAUGAACACAAGUUGUAAUAAAGA